CGGAUAUAGUGAAUGCAGGGUCCGGGAAGACCAGAUAUAGUGAAUGCAGGAUCCGGGUAGACUAGAUAUAGUGAAUGCAGGGUCCGGAGAGACUAGAUAUAGUAAAUGCAGGGUCCGGGAAGACCAGAUAUAGUGAAUGCAGGGUCUGGGGAGACCGGAUAUAGUGAAUGCAGGGUCCGGGGAGACCAGAUAUAGUGAAUGCAGGGGUCCGGGGAGACCAGAUAUAGUGAAUGCAGGGUCCGGGGAGACCAGAUAUAGUGACUGCAGGGUCCGGGGAGACCAGAUAUAGUGAAUGCAGGGUCUGGGGAGACCAGAUAUAGUGAAUGCAGGGUCCGGGGAGACCAGAUAUAGUGAAUGCAGGUUCCGGAGAGA